UUGAUCAUCAAUACGCUGAUAAUUUUCGGAGGAUUUUUGUUCAGCGGCAUCGACAACAUUGGCGCAUUGAGUAAACGGUUUCUUUGCAUGUUCCAAUGCAGUAGUCAUUUAAGACCUCGCUUUGCUUAAGUGAGAUGGUGAAGUACAUUUGAUUUUGGAUCACUUUCUCUCUGAGAAUAGCAUAUCGUAGUUUCACUGUUCACUGAUUCCAGUCUGGGCUCCAGAGCUUCUGAGAUACGUCACUGGUCACUUAUUAACAUCAAAGGUUCUGCUCUUGAUUGCGGGAAGACACCGUUUUUGUAAGUUAUCAAGGCAUUUUAUCACGUCCGUGCCAAUUUAAAGGCUCUGAGACCGACGGUAUAAGGAUCAAAUCGAGGACGUCGUUCUCAGCUUAAGAACUCCUGGUCACCGGCGACCGAUGGAAGAAGCCUCUCUUUCCCCAUCCCUCAGAGCCUGUUGUACACACAUUCGUGAUACACGCACACACGCAUAAAUGCUUGGAGUGCCGUUUCGAACAGCAGGUCAUCCUCGUGAAAAUGCUUGAUUUGAGCAUUCCGAGGCCACGCCGUCUGUAUUGUGUUUGAUCGAAAAUUAUUAUUAGAUGUUUGACGGCCGAUGGUAUUGUUUCCGUUCCCGUAAAGAAGAGAAAACCUUGGUUAGUCAUCUCUCCACACACCGCAGCAGAGCAGACGGAAAAUAUCGAGCCAGGGGCGGUUCCAGCAGUAGCUGGCGGUAACGCUCCUGGCUACUGGACGCCACCGCUGACAUUAUGCCGUUCUGUCAUUCAGCGACGGCAUCUGCCCGUCGGCCAACCGCCCUCAUUUGCUCCGGGAUCGCUACUGGGGCUUCUAAGCCGCAUCUUAGCCUCGCCCGACCAGCGCACGGUCUGAUUAGCCAUGGCCAUGACACGCACGGCAUGCCGCUGCGGGCUAGCCACGGGCAUCGGAGGCGAACCCCCGCCUUUCGCAGGAUUUGGGCGUUCCAGGGAAGCUCUGUCUGAUCAGACAGCUUUCAUGCAGAAGACCUGGGCAAUAUCACAGCCCAGCUUUUCAGGAUUGCAUUGCCUUCUCUGGUUGCGGACGACUGUACGACGGUUUGAUCAAUGGCUGCAAGCAAUGAUUGGACCCAUUCGUGUUCAUUAAAAAGCCUUUGAAGCCCAUUAAAAGCAUGAAAAUCAGACCCGGUACCUUUCCUUCAGCAUUUGCGCCAGGAUUUAUGUCAUGUUUACGGAAACGGCCAACUCGUCACAGUUUACCUGCGAAGUUGUGCGCCCGUCACGACGCGACCGUUGCGUAAAAGCAAGACGCCAGUCCUAAGCGAGCGGGCAUCCUGAUGGCAUGCGUGCUCCUCCCUUCAUCACAAGUCACAGCAUACGCGAAAAUCAGACCAGUUGGCUCUCCUCGCUCCGGGCAACCGCCCCGGGCUCCGUGGCCUCCGCUUGCGUGAGCCAAUCAGGGCACCGCGUGCGUCGGGGGCAGGGGAGGGGCCGCGAGCUGCUGACCUUCCGCGCUCUUUGUGACCCGGCGGCAGUCGGCCGAUCGAGAGUGGUGCAUUGGACCGGAGCGGCGCCUGGACAUCAUGCUGCAAGACUGGUUCUGGAGCACCACGCUGACGAAGGACGGCCGUGAGUACCGAUGGCUGCCGACCUUCUCCGAGGUGGACGACAGCUGCGAGAGUGUCGACCUGCAGGCGGAGGGUCAUGGCAAGACGCUCCAGCUCACCCUGGCUCUGGUUAGCCCCGAUGCCAAGACGGGGGAGGUGCAGGAGGUGGAGGUGGUGACCAAGGACUCGCGCGAGGCGGACGUGGUGGCGACGGUGGCCGUGCUGGUGGCCGGCUCGCUGUACCAGACGUCGCUGUCCGUGGAGCUGCCCCAGGUGGCGGCCACGCUGAGGCUGAAGCGUGGCGACGGACCCGUCACACUCGUCGGCAAGGAAUUUGUCGGUACGAGCGUGGGCCGAGGUGGCACAGACUGGGAGGUGAUUUCAGCGCUGGUGUGGCGGGGGAUUGCAGGCUCUUCCGCCCCAGGCUUCCGACUGAGGCGUCGACAUAGAUGCCUCUGA